AUGCUCAACGAAGAGUUAUCCACUGACAUGGACCGGAUAACACAAUUACAGGAUGCUAUCCUUGACCUCUUAACGAUAACAUCCACCUCAAUCGAUUAUAUAACAAAACGAACAGAGUUUGAACAAACUUCAAACAAGAUACCUACUACCCUCCAAACUCCCCUCGCAGCCAACAGACAAGAAUAUAAAGCAUCGAUAGAAACGUUCGUGAAUGACAUAGUAAGGAGAAGUAAAGAUAUCAAAAAGUUGAUAGCGAGUUUACCGAAGAAAGAUGACAGUUCGCAAAGGGCCACCAGAUUAUCAGAAUUGCAAGAGGAGUUAUCAACUGCCAACGAAGAGUACAAAAUAGCAACAGCUCAAUCAGAAGAAUUAUUACUCGAAUUGCAAUCAGCUUUAGAUCAAGCAUUAGGUGAAGAUUCACCUAACAUCACAAUACCCACCAAGAUCAACUCAUCAACACAAGUGGAUGAAGAGGAUACCCAUGAUCAGCGGAGGAAAGCUGGGAAGGGUGAACUGGAAGCAUCAGAUACAAUAAUAGAUGCAUAG